UGCAGGAGGAAAUACAAGCGGCAAGCGGCUGGCAGCUUUUCAAUCCAGUUCGAGUCAACCAGCGGAGUGGACGUCUCUAUUUCUCAGUGUAAUUUUCAACCGAUUCUCUGGCGCGUCGCGAAUAAAACGGUAGUCUUCAAUUGAAUUUUAAACAAACUUACACUUGAGUUGGAAAACUCAGUCAGAUUAGCGAUUAACAAAAAUUUGAUAAUGUACAUUGGCGAUUCGCGUACGGCCGCCAUUGGGAAUGCCAUCAAUUAUUUAAGGCAUUUAUUUUGAUUCAGUUUCCCUGUGCUUUUGUUUGCUGGUUGUCCCACAAAAACAGAAAUUGUUUGCCCUCCAGGAGCAACAAAAACAAAUACAACUGCGAGCGGAGAGAACAAAGAGCCGAUGGACACCGAAAAAUCCGAAUAGGAAACAGACCGAAGUCCAAAAAGCACCGAGCACCAAACACACCGAAAUUCAGUCGCGUAAGGGCAUCGCAUCAGUCCACACCGCAUCGCAUCCCAUCUUCGAGAUACAUCCACAUCUGUAAGAUACAACCGCAUCUCUGAGAAACUCUCGCGAGUGCAAAUUUCAGCGGCAAUAAGUCAAUUAAAAAACCGAAUCUCAAACCAUCAAUAAAUCAGAUAAUCAAAUACCGGAAAAUAGGCAAACAGAACAGGGGAAUUCUAAAAGCCAGCUCAAAGCUCCUCUCACCCUUUCCUGGUUACAGCUAACCAACUGCGACGUGCUCUUAGAUGAAAGGAACGUGCGAUGCAAUUGAAUCCAAGCAGACAAACUGAAACGCACUACUGGAUUACCCUCUUUUGGUGUGCCUUAGGUGGUUUGAUAUUGGGUGGAAUUGUUGUCAUUUCAUACUGGAUAAGACGAUGCAGGACACUUGCAGCGAGGUCCACGACCCGGCAGCGACGCAUCCGGAGCCGGAGCUCAUCAUCAGCUGCCACCGGGAUCAGCGGGAUCAGUGCCAUCGGAAUAAUCUCCAGAGGGAAAGCAAAGUCAUCACCCGAUCACAAUCAUCGGCGUCGACCGCGCCGCAUGCUCCAGUGCAUCAACUGAAGCAGCAGCAAUCUCUGCCCACACCUCUGACCCAGCAGCCCAGCCACAAUCCGCACCACAACCCCCAGACCCCCAAGUCCGUCUCCAUUCUCGUCUACAAGACCCUGAACACCGUCUUCAAGAGCAGCCGCAAGAUCAUCGUUCGUGUGUGUGAGGUGGCCAGCGCCAAGAAGUCCUUCACCAUGUUCAAGUUCAACAAGGCCGCCCAGCAGCAGCGGAUCGACAAUCGGAACAGUGCCGUCACUGGACACGAUCCCUUCGUCCGACCACCAGUGCCCGAAAAGAAAGUGAGGAACAUCAUGAAGAAGCUGCACAAGGCGAACGGCCUCAAACGCUCCAACUCGGCGAUCGAGUUCGAUGUCUCGGCCCUGACAGCUGCCAAUCGCCGACAGAUCUACAGUAGGCCCAACAUCAAGUACCAGUACUCCGCCUUGGACAGUGGCAAUGGGAUCGUGGAGCGAAGUCCCCGGGAGCGGGCUCAGAGGGAGAAGGCGCUGAAUGCCACUCAGGAAUGGAUUCAGGGUGCCAAUGGGCGCUACGAAGUGAUUGCCCACCUGGAUGAGAUCGGUUCAAGACAUGGCAAGAACUGGUUUCUGGUCACAGAUGCCUCGGUGCGCACGGAUCGUCUGCAGACUCUGCUACCUCUGCCCGCCGACUGUGUGGCCUUCGAGGAUCUCCCGCCCAACGAAAGCGCCAGGGAAAUACUCAUGGAGCUCCUGGGUUCGCUGCAUCAUCCGUACAUUUACCCCGUUCUGGAUUUGGGCUUUUUGCGCAACAGCUCCUAUAACUACGCCUGCCUGGUGACGCCCUUCAACUCGCGGGGCAGUCUCAAAGAUCUCAUAUAUAAGGCGCAGUGGAACGAGCCGUGGGCCAGGAAGUACACGCGAAAGCCAAAUGGCUUACCGGUGAGCCAGGUGCAGCGCCUGGGGCGACAGAUCCUGGAGGCACUGCUCUUCCUGAAGGAGCGCGGUUUUCCGCUUCACGGUCACCUGCACAGCGGCAAUGUCAUCCUGCAGAACGGGGCAGCCAGGCUAUCGGGCCUGGAGAACGGCCUCCUGGGCCUCAGUUCUCGCAUUAACGCCGUCAUGUGGUCCCGCUCGGUCACCGAGAUCGAGAACGUGGACAUCGUCUGCUUCGGCCACCUGCUCUACGAGAUGUGCACGGGCCAGGAGCUGACCACCCCCAAGCCGUCCAUGCGGGUGCUCGAGAUGGAGCUGCAGCACUAUCCACAAAUUGGCCAGAUUCUGGAAAUACUAGGCCUGAUCUUUGAGCCGCCCAGCGGUGUCUGCCCCUCCGUUGAGGACCUAGUCCUUUGCGAUCUGUUUCGCAGCAUCGACUUGCGCGAGCUUCGCGGUCCCUGUUUCAGUACAAUUAAGCCGAGCCUCAGCAGGUCCACCCUGAACCUGCUGCAAGCGGUGAAGAAGCGCCAAUGCGCCUCCCUGGGCCACUCCCUCAGCGAGGCCAACUCCCCCUGCACGCCCCCUUCGACGCCGCACGAUCGACGAACUGGUAUCAGCCGAACAAUGGACUCAUUUGACAUAUCAAGCGAUUCGGAGGAGGGUCUCCUGGAGGAGAUUGUCGUCGGUGGAAGCUGCCAUCGGCAGCACCUGCUCCGCCUGCAGCAGUGGCACUCCGCCCACUCAUAUGUUCACUCGUAUGCCUCGGAGUCGCCCAUUCACUAUUGCGACCCUGCGGCGGUCUAUUCGGAUGAUAAUAGCCAGGAGCCAGGUCAGGAUCCCCAGCCACCGACCAUUCGAUGUAGCACCAGCAGUCAGAGCAAUCUGGAUGUGCUGCUGGCAGAGGGAGCCGCGGACGAGGUCUACGAAGAGCAGGAGGAGGAGGAUUUUGAGCAGGAAGAGGAGGCCAGCGGCUCCUCGGGAACACAGAGGCUUCAGGCUCCAGCCUGCACCUCGUCGGCUGCCGGGGCCUCCUUCAACCACCAGCUCACUGCCGAUAUGUGCAACUACAAAAACUCGAAGAGCAGGAGGUUGGAGUACUCCCUCAAGUGUCUCAAGUACGGCCGCAGUAAUCCCUCCCAGGACUCAGCCUUUGGCUCUCUGACCGACAACGACCUGUCCAUUGGAUCGUCCAGCAUUAGGCUGAGCAGCUUUCAGUCCAUUUCAUCGCCCAUUGACGAGGGCGUGGAGGAUGUCAUCAUAGCCACCACCACAGGUGGCAAUGAGACCUGCCUGGAACUGGCCACCAUUCCCAGGAGUAUGGUCUCCCAGGACUCGGCGAUCUCAUCGCCCUGUCGCGAGAGUUCCCCCAACAACUUUCUGCACAUUGACGAUGCCAUGUCGGGAACGGGUUCAACUUCCUCCGGCUCGAAUUGUGGCUCCUACGGAAAUAUACGCCCCCAGCAGUUUCCCGUCUCGCUCUCGCCAAAGAUUUUGGUCACGGCCACCAGCAAUUCGAGCAGCUCCUCCUUGGCAUCCACUGGCAAUGCGGGUCAAGGUCAGGCCCAGGGUCACGGACAAGGGCAUCCCCAGCAGCAGUUCGAUCCGCCCAAGAUUCUUGUCAACGAUCAGAACUCCAUCUACACCACAUCGCCCUCGAAGCGAUCGGGUAUGAUAGAGGUGUUCUCCCAAAAAUAUCGGUGUCCCUUCCAGGUGAGCUCCUUCGAGGACAUGUCCCCGAAGCGAACCUCCGACAAGCAGCACCUGAAGCACGUGAAUCGCCUGGCCUUUCGCUCCCUGGAGGAGGAGCGUCGGAUCGACAAUGCCUUUCUGCCGAUGGCGGAUCGCACCCACUCGGACAAUCGCGUGAACAUGCAGAGCGAGAAGUACAAGAAGCUCACGCACGCCUCGUUCCGCAUUAGCAAAGGUCAAGGUCAGGACUCGCCCACGGCCACGGCCACGCCCACCAGCCAAACGUCCCCCGGUCAGCCUGGCAACUGCAUCGAGAUGCAGCGAACCGGAAGGCAGACCCUCUGGCGGGACAGCAAGUUCUACCGGAAGAACAGAAUCGCCAAAAGCAACGACUCCCUGAUGGAGAACAAUCCGUCGCCCAGGAUAUCGCCGUGCUCCCUGCGGGACAAUCAGUACGAGAGCAGGAGCAGCUCCCAGGCCAGCAGGAGAUCGCUCAGUGGUAGUCAGCAGAUGCUGAGUGUCACCACCAGCUUCUGCGGCAACGGCAGUGCCUCCAGGAAUUCGGCCAGGUACUGCAGCUCCAAGAGCGAGGACCUGGGCGAGUCCUCCGACUAUCUGAGAGUGAUGGAUGCACGGAAGUCGUACUCCGAGAGGCAUCUGGUGCGACUCAAGCAGACGGCCAUAAACAACACGCACAGCGAGGACGAUGUGAGCUUCAACGAUGACAAUAAUCAAGCGGUAUCAUCGCAGGGUCAGGGGUUACGGCAAUGCGGCAUCCAAUACAAUCAGAAGGAGCACCACCAGAAGCACUAUCAGGGUGGCAGGUGGAGCAGCAGCUGCUCCAUUGGCGGCCACCUGAAGACGACCAAUAUUAAGACCACCUCGCUGUCAGCUCAGUCCAGCCAAUCGAAUUUAGUGGCCACCUCGGCAAGUGCCAGCCAUCGCACACCAUCCAAGUCCCUCGACCAGAGCAUCGCCACCAUCGCCACCAUCGCCAUCCCGAACAGCCACCCCACCACCCAGAGUAACACCACCAAGGGCAGCAGCACCACCAGCAGCGACAGCAGUAGCAGCACCACCAGCUCGGUGGACGAGUCCCCGUCUAGACACACCCUCAGCGGAGCUGACCUCUCGAGGAUCUUCGUGAUGGACAUGGACGACGCACCGGGCAGCACGUGCAGCGAGGAGAAGACUCCCCUCCUGGACAGUGUGGAAAUGUCCCCAAUGAGUCCAACCGAUCCGGAGGAACCCGACCUCGAUAAGCUCUAAUGGGCAUCCCGAUUACACUAAGUACACGCACAUACCGAUACGUUUUGAGCAGCCGAAAUGCAAAGCAUGUGAUAGAGAAACCAAAUAUAAAUGAAAUCGAACGGGGAACCAUAAAGUUAUAGAACUACUAGGCUAGGUACGGGAUGGUAAGUGGAGAAAGACUUCUAAAAGAGUUAUCGGGAUAGAGUUAUUGAGUUUUACAUCACACAGACGAACACUAUUCAUUUCUCUUUCAUCUGACAAAUCUGGUUUCUGUACAUUUCAAAUCCAAGUUAUAUAAUUUUUCGCUAAGACCAAGUACCUUUGAAAUUAUUAAAGAGUCGAAAAUACAAAUUCGUAUUUCAAUCCUCCUGAAAACUCUUUUUUAGGGCAUUCUCCAGUGCCAGUGUUGGUUAAGGUAAAGCAAUUCUAAUCUGGGUUCGACACAAACACUUACACACACCCACUCACAGUUAGAUAAUUGGGCUGCCCCGCCUUUGCUAAAUUCACACAUCCACACUCAAAGCUUUCUUCUGGUAACAAUAAUAUUUUUCUCUUUAUAUUGAACUUUAGCCGAUUGCUUUUACAGCAAUUCGAAAUAAACUAGAAUACGUAUUUCUUUACUAAAGCUUAUCUCUAGACUGCUAAGCCACGAGACAACACAGAAAAACCAAAAGGAAUACCAUCCUGCUGAUUAGUUGUUUUUUAAACAAAUUAAAAGGAAAGCCGUUUUCGAAUUAUACGGAAUUAUACACUUUACUUGGUAGUUAAUUGAAUAGUUAAGACUUGAAAGCUUCGCAGCUUGGCGCAUUGAAAAUGUUUUACUGUAGCUUAAAAUCGUUUUAAGCUCCCAGUGGAGCGUGUUUUAAAUAUAAAUUAAAAAGGAACAUAUUCUAGGGAAGUAAGUCCAAAAGAACCUUAAAAGAUCAAACAAAGCCAAAGAAAGUUAACCCAUUGAAUGGAGAAUCCAAGGCAGAGUUGAAAGUAUCCAGCAUACGACUACAUAUAACGAGCAACUUAGAUUUCUUUAGUCUCUUAUCCUUUGUUCAGAAAUGCCACAUUAGCCAGCACUUCAAUAUCGCAACGGAAACAUAAAUUUUACCCCAUAAGAGUUAAGCAUUGUCGUAUAAAACGUCAAACAAUAAAACAAUACAGAAUGCAAUCAAAUUUACUAAAUAUCGGUAACGAAAAUAUCACAAAAGCCACACACAAUCGAACACAAAAUAAAUGUACUCACUAAAGAUCAUAUAUAUAGAAGAUAAUAUUAGACGCACGCACUUGACUAAGACGAUCAAGGUUCGAAUCCCGAUUCAAAAUCCAGCCCCACCCGACCCAUUUGAAUAACUCAAAUGAUCUGCCACAGAGUCGCCCUUAGUUUGAUUAUUCGUAGCCGAAGAAUGCGCAAAACAUUGUUUAUGGGACCCUCUAGAAUGUACAUGUAUGUAUUCCCAAUAUCUUGUAAGUUAUUUUGCUUGGAAUUGUUUGUGUACCCACUUAUGUAGCCCCAAGAACGGAGAAGCCCUUGAGAACUAACAAAUAAACGAGAUAACGACGU